ACUUUCGGAGGGCACUCACAUGGGACUGCUGAACCAGCUGUACAACUUUUAUUUUGAAGAAAAAAGUUGAGCCUCAGAACAGGCUGUUUUAAAGACAGGGAGGGACUUAGCUUUUCGGGAGCUUGACCAGCAUGUGGAAGGAGUGCUCUCAUGGCUGCGAUAACGUAGGGGACUCCUACCUGGGUGCCCCUGGGGUGGGAAGUGUUCUGUUUGCUUUGUCCUGUUUCCGAGGGUUCCGUGCACUUCUCCUGCCUGUAUCAGAGUGACUCUCGGUGGUUUUUGCACACCCUGCUCUGUGGGGGAGUGCCCCAACGUGCCUGUCUUAUGUGGCCUCUAUGGACACAGUGCUCAGCUGGCAGAGAGCAGGGAACUUUUCUCCCAGCACCCAAAAAGAGAAAGAGGAAACUACUUUUUCCUUCUGGGCUCCUUGCAGCACAAUAGAUCAGGAUAAGCUUCCACAUUCCCUCCCUGGAUUUCUGGAGUGGUUUCCAGGAAGAAGUCAAACAUUCACCUUUAAAUGGAUGACCAUGUCACAAUCAGGAAGAAACAUCUCCAAAGACCCAUCUUUCGACUAAGAUGCUUGGUGAAGCAGCUGGAAAAAGGUGAUGUGAACAUUGUAGACUUAAAGAAGAAUAUUGAAUAUGCAGCAUCUGUGUUGGAAGCGGUUUAUAUCGAUGAAACAAGGAGACUGCUGGAUACCGACGAUGAGCUCAGUGACAUUCAGUCAGAUUCAGUCCCACUGGAAGUCCGGGACUGGCUGGCUUCUACCUUUACACGAAAAAUGGGGAUGAUGAAAAAGAAAUCCGAGGAAAAGCCAAAGUUUCGGAGCAUUGUGCAUGCUGUUCAAGCUGGGAUUUUUGUGGAAAGGAUGUACAGAAAGUCCUAUCACAUGGUUGGUUUGGCAUAUCCAGAAGCUGUCAUAGUAACAUUAAAGGAAGUUGACAAGUGGUCUUUUGAUGUAUUUGCCUUAAAUGAAGCAAGUGGAGAACAUAGCCUGAAGUUUAUGAUUUAUGAACUGUUUACCAGAUAUGAUCUUAUCAACCGUUUCAAGAUUCCUGUUUCUUGCCUAAUUGCCUUUGCAGAAGCUUUAGAAGUUGGUUACAGCAAGUACAAAAAUCCUUAUCACAAUCUGAUCCAUGCAGCUGAUGUGACUCAAACUGUGCAUUGCAUAAUGCUUCAUACAGGUAUCAUGCACUGGCUCACUGAACUGGAAAUUUUAGCAAUGGUCUUUGCCGCUGCCAUUCAUGACUAUGAGCAUACAGGAACCACAAACAACUUUCAUAUUCAGACAAGGUCAGAUGUUGCCAUUUUGUAUAACGACCGAUCCGUCCUUGAAAAUCACCAUGUGAGUGCAGCUUACCGACUUAUGCAAGAAGAGGAAAUGAAUGUCUUGAUAAAUUUAUCCAAAGAUGACUGGAGGGAUCUUCGGAACCUAGUGAUUGAAAUGGUUUUGUCUACAGACAUGUCUGGUCACUUCCAGCAAAUUAAAAAUAUAAGAAACAGUUUGCAGCAGCCUGAAGGGACCGACAGAGCCAAGACCAUGUCCCUGAUUCUCCACGCAGCAGACAUCAGCCACCCGGCCAAAUGCUGGCAGCUGCACCACCGGUGGACCAUGGCCCUGAUGGAGGAGUUUUUCCGACAGGGAGAUAAAGAAGCUGAAUUAGGGCUUCCAUUUUCCCCACUUUGUGAUCGGAAGUCAACGAUGGUGGCCCAGUCACAAAUAGGUUUUAUUGAUUUCAUAGUGGAGCCAACAUUGUCUCUUCUGACAGACACAACAGAGAAAAUUAUUAUUCCUCUCAUAGAGGAAGACUCAAAAACAGAAAAUGCUUAUGGAGCAAGCAGACGAUCAAACAAGAAAGGCACCGUGAACGACGGGUCCUGUUCCCCGGACUACUCUCUUGCGUGCGUGGACCUGAAGAGCUUCAAAAACAACCUGGUGGACAUCAUCCAACAGAACAAGGAGAGAUGGAAAGAGUUAGCUGCUCAAGGUGAACCUGAUCUUCAUAAGAACUCAGAAGGUCAAGUAAAUGCUGAAGAAAAACGUGCUGACACACAUUCAUAGGUUUGAAAUGCAAUAACGGCUUCUGUCAUUUUAAACACGAGAGGAUAAUGAGAACAGUACUAAAACUUAACUCCGCAACUUCCUGCAGAACUAUAUUCUCUUUCACCACACACUUGGAUCGGGCCAUUUUUUAUGGACUCCUGUGUAAGGAAUGAGUAAGAAGAACAUGCAUUCUGUGCUAGUAACUCUGGCCAAAUAAAUGACACUCAAAUUUGCUAUCGGGUUUUUAGCCAGUGCUUCUGCCAUCAUUUUUCCUCCACAAUUUGGUGUUGUUCAAUCAAUCUGGAGAAGUUUUUGAGACAACAGUUGGACAGUUUAAAAUUAUCAUCAUUUUGAACCAGGUAUAGCAUAGGUGACCAUGCAAUCAAUACAUGUGCAGAAGAGGUAUUUUAAAAUUUUACUUUCAUCCAUUGUUUUAUACAGAGUGCUAUAACUACACAUUUUUAAGGUCUCAAGUAAAAGGAAAGCAAAAAAAAAAAAUGAUGGAAACAUAUUUUUUACAGCUCUGAGGAGCAGGCCAUUUAGAUCGUCCUUGUUAUUUUAAAUGCACGGGAACAAACUGAGAGGCAGGACUAUUCCGAAGCUGUGGUUGAAGUCCUAGAACAACCAUGGAGCAUCACAACCUUGGCCCUGUGAUCUGGCGAGCAUAUCAUCAUGCCUCGCAAGCUGGGAACCCACCGUGCAACCCGUCCUGGAAAGCAGUGGACCAGCCUGCACCCGUCCCUGCGGCUUCAGAAUACUGUCGCAGCCCCUACAGGGCGACAGUACCACGGAAGUCACACAUUCCCUACAACCCUGGACAACGAGAACCUCCACUGUUGCUGGAGACAGACACAAGAACGGAGAGUGGAAUUUUGCCUUCUGGGGUGUUGAUCCCAUUAGAAUGUGUGUGUGUGUGUGUGUGUGUGUGUGUGUGUGUGUGUGUGUGUGUGUGUGUGAUGUGUAUUCAAAAAUAUCUAUGAGAAUGGAAACCCACGCUUUUCUGUACAGAUAACAUUAUUUGAUGUGACUUGACGUUUUCCUGCACAGAAACAAGCCACCACCCUUGGAGACUCUGCUUCCUUGUCAUGUUUUGCCUGAGCAUGUGCAGAGCCUUUUUCUUGCUCCAAACUGAAGAACUACCUGUAUUUGUUAUUAGCUGACAAGAAAGUCAAGCGCAGUUAGGUGUUGUAACUUUUCACUGUAAACACUUCAACGUCUUUUAGACUAAGUGACUUUGUUUUUGUAAAAGGCAGGAACUGGAUGGGAAAAACCAAGAGUAGCCAUCAAUUACAGUGAGGGGGAGUGUGUGGGUCCUCAAGACUUUUCUGUUGCACCUGCUUCUUUUCUGGGUCCUACCAUGCUAAGCAAUAUCUUAGAAAGGGAUACAACCAGAAGCUUUUCAGCCUCAAGAGUGGGGUUUUUAUAACUCACAACUUAGAUCUCUUUUAAUGUGUAAGCCAUAUUCUAUAUGCAUAUUAGGUAUGCAUCCUUCUAACUUAAGAUAUAUUUGUGUAUAGACUGUGUAUAAAGCGCUUUUAAAUGUUCUGUGAAUACGGUUCCUAGCUUUUGUUUCACCUGAAUCUUGUGUAGAAGACAGCUAUAUAAUUGAAUUGUAUCAUAGACAUCGUAUUGCAAUUGAUAUUUUAAAUGUAAGCAGUAAAGAUUGAUCUAUAAUGAUGUAUUGGGGGAAAUAUAGAUAUGUACAUCAUGGUGACAUUUUGUCCUUUUAAAAGGGUAUUUUAUUUUUAUUUAUGGAGACACUAUAACUACUUUCAAUGUCUUUUCUUUAGCUAUUUACCAGCUAGAAAACAUUCUGCAUUUAAAAUAGAAUCCGCCUCUGGGAAUUCUACUUACUUUCGUUCCUGUUUGAGCCAGUUGUCUUUCCUAAAGCUAUGGGGCCUAUUGGGGGAGAAGUCCAUUGAAAACUCCUACUCCAUCAUCCUAGGAAACAUGCCCACUUUGUUCCUAUUAGUACCUUACAAUCUAUGGACUUUGUUACUAAAAAACAUGGAGGCAUAUAAGGAAUUUAUCCAUUUCUGUCUGUGGGCUGUAACCGACUUUUCCAGGUUGCAUGACGCAGAGGACGGUGGCUGAACUUCCAGAGGGAGUGGGGAAAACCUGCUCCAUCUCUUCAGUAGACUUGUCUUUCCUAACCUCCCUCCCCUGGCUCCUUCUCUCCUUUUUUACUUCCUUGUUUCUUCUUUCCUUCUCUCCCUAAGACAGCUACCAGCAGCCAUUUGUGCUAAUGAGGGGGUCACAGCAGGGUUACCAGUGCCUCCCUUCUGUGAACAUCAGCGCUGAGUCGCCCUGGAGAAAGAGAUGGAUGAGUUAGGCUGCUGCACCAUGAGCGUUCUGCUUUGAGCUUUUAUCCUCAGCUACCCAACAUAUAGCUAACAUUUUCAUAUGCCUUUUCAUGUAACCAGCACCUCUCAUUGCAUUGUAACAUGACAAGCUACAAUUCCUGUGUUUUAUUCUGCUGUAAUUCUCUUUCAUAUAUAUGACUGUUAAAUAAAUCGUACUUGAGGUAAUA